GUGCCGUGUCCAAUAAAGAUAACGCGGAAUGGGCUAUCUCGGAGAUCACUAGAGCGGAGGGUAUUUUUCAAGACACCAUCUCUCAACCAUAAAGACGGAGAAUCAGGGUGCUCGUCAGAGACUUCAAUCUUUUGCUCAAUCACUUGACAACGUCAAUCAGAAAUAAUGACUGCUUCUGUUGAAGCACCGACCAUCGCACCGGUCGACCCUGGCCCAGUUGCAACAUCUCGCGUUCCUAGCGACGUGCCACGAAUGCCGGCACCAGAACUGCCAGAGAUCGUCCAAGGCAGUACGAGAUUUCCACAACCUGCAGUAAGCAGUCAGAAUGGCGUUUGCGACGAUCCUUUCAAGCUCGACACCAAAUAUGCCUACACCCCACGGAAGAUGAAAGUGUUCACCAUUGGCGCUGGUUUCUCGGGGCUACUCAUGGCCCACAAGUUCCAGCAUAGAUUUCCGGAGAUGAGAGGCAUAGUUGAGCACACUAUCUUCGAGGCACAUAGCGAGGUUGGUGGUACUUGGCUUGUCAACAACUAUCCCGGUGUCCAGUGCGAUGUUCCAGCACACAUUUAUGCAUUUCCGUUUGAUCCCAACCCAGACUGGAGUCGUUUCUAUGCGAGUGGGGCCGAGAUUCUCAAAUACAUGAAAGACACAGUCAGAAAGUGGAAUCUUGAUCGCGAUCUUCAGUUGAACACCAAAGUCGUUGGUGCUGUUUGGCAGGAAGAGCUUGGCCAGUGGAAAGUCACGGUAGAACACCAGGGAGAACAGCGUGACGAGUUCUGUCAUGUCUUGAUCUCUGCACAAGGUGUACUGGUUCACGAAUCCUGGCCUGAUAUCCCUGGUCUACGAGAUUUUGAGGGCCACAUCACUCACUCAGCUCGCUGGGAUCACGACUUUGACUACUCUAACAAAAGGAUUGCUGUGAUCGGAAACGGCUCUUCCGGUAUCCAGAUCGUGCCUCAGAUGGCCAAGCUACCUGGCACCGACGUGAUGAACUUCAUCCGCGGACCGGCUUGGGUAUACUAUCGCGCGCCUCCAUCCAAGCACCUUGGAAGGGACGACCCGGAUCCUAACCCACGAUAUACCGACGAGGAGAGAAAGAAAUUCCAUGACCCUGAGUAUCAUCUUGAACAUCGCAAGGGAAUCAUUUCGCGCACCAACAAGUCCUUCUACAUAUUCAUGAAGGGCGAGAACAACAAGGAGGGCAUGAGAUUGGCAGCAGCACAGAUGGCAGAAAAGCUGGGCCAUGACCCAGAAUUGUGUGAAAAGCUCGUACCAAAGUGGGAGUUGGGAUGCCGUCGUAUUACGCCUGGUCCUGGCUAUCUAGAGUCAUUCUUGCGACCAAACUGCAACAUCACCAACAGUGCUAUCAUCAGCGUUUCGAAGAACGGUGUUCACACAGCCGAUGGCAAGUUCUAUGAGUGUGACGUCAUUGUCUGCGCCACUGGAUUCGACGUUUCUCAUCGCCCAAGAUACCCAAUCGUCGGAAAAGAGAAUGUUGAUCUUGCCACGAGAUGGGCAGAAGAUCCUGACUCUUACGUCUCAGUUGCUGUUCCAGACUAUCCCAACUACUUCAUGAUGAUGGGACCCAACUGCCUAGGCGGCCAUGGAUCCUUGGUAGAGUCUCUGAACUGGACAGGAGACUACUUUGUGAAAUGGGUGAAGAAGAUGGCUACAGAGGACAUCAAAUAUGUCGAGCCGAAACAAGAGGUUGUUGAUGCUUUUAUCAAGUACAGUGACCAAGUACACAAGACACUUGUAUGGAGCGGCGGCUGCAAGAGCUGGUACAAGAGGAACCGUGUUGAUGGCAGGGUCACAGCCCUGUUCGGCGGCAGUGCCCACCUCUUCAACCGGAUGCUCACUAACAUUCGCGGCGAGGAUUUCAAUAUUUGCUACCGUACAUCAAACCCUUUCAGGUUCAUGGGCAACGGUUUCACGGAGUGGGAAAUGGAUUCAAAGAGCGACUUGUCUUGGUACGUGGAGAAGGCCGAGGUUUUACGCACUGGCGGAGUCUAGAUUCGAGAUGUAAUUGUAGCAUUUUCCGUAAUAAAGUGUUUGAUUAAUCAGACCAAAAACUCCAAUGCAGACUGCCAUUGCGGAUCAGUUGAUUGCUACCUAGGU